UGCGUCGUUUGCGGUCUUGCAGCCUAGCGUGGAGUGAGGUUGCAAGGCAGUUUUUAAAGCGGGUGGCCGACCGACGGGCAGGUAAAACAGCUGCUUUUCUUCCCUAUUCCCAUCACCUCGACUUGCUCUAUCUGCUUUGUGCGGAGGGCUUUUAUCUCCCUCCCUCUGGGUUGCCCUCGCUCUAUCCACACCCCUUUCUCCUCAUGGAUGCUUAAGCGCCAUUUUAAUCCGUAGAGCAGGACUGAGGGAAAUGAACGACCGGUAUGAGGACAGCCGAGAAUGGCGUUUUUAACUGAACGGGGGAGGGGUCGGGAAAACGCUUCUAGAGCCGCCAUUUUGUGGCUGUUUUAAGGCGCUCCUUUUCAAUUCUUCCCACGGGGACCCGGCUUGAGGGUGGUUGGCGUGCGUGCAAGGAGAAGCUGUGUGCGCACGCGCCGCACUUUCUCCUACCCAUCGGCUCUCGGCGCGCCUUUUCAUAUCUUAGCCCGCCACCUCUCAGUGCGCAUGCGCUCUCUGCCUUAGCUUUUUUUUUUUCCCCCAAAUUGGUUCUUGAGUGUAGUUCUGUAUUAAAAAACGAAUUGAUGCUUUUCUGGCUGGCAUCUUAAUUGCGUUUUCAUUAAGUCGUCACUCACUAUUGGGUGGUAUAUUCGUUUAGAAAACUCACAUGCCGCCUCUCCAGAGACUUCCUAUAUGUGGUGGCCUGUUACCAAUAUUUCUCCUUCACGCCCGCCCAGUGAGAUAGGUCAGGCUGGGGUGGAAGGAGAGACUGUCUCAAGGUUAUGCAGGAGGCUUUAUAGAUUGAGUUAAGGUCUCCCUGGUCCAAUACUGUAUAACAUAUUAUUUCUCCCUUUUCUUUUGGAUCCACAUUGCUUUCAUGUUUUUCACAGAUCUAAGAAGAUAAUUGUGGGGUAGACUGAAAUUUUUUGGUAUUAAUUUGAUGUGCAGAAUGUUUUGUUGAAAGAUGAAGUCUUUAACUUGAUGGGAUUUGAUUUUUUUGAGCAAGCAAGACCUAACAAGAAUCUUGGGUAUCUGUAAGAGGGCAGGUCUAUCUUAUCUGAGCCACCAGGCUGCAGCCAAAUUUUCCAUUGGAAACAUGGAGGCAUUUCAGUUUUCUCCAACAAUUGAAUUUUUUUUGUUGCUGUUGUUCUAAAUUCUAGAUAGUGUAAAAAUGGUGGAAGCAGAUCGUCCUGGAAAGCUGUUCAUUGGUGGGCUGAAUUUAGAGACAAAUGAGAAGGCGCUUGAAUCUGUCUUUGGCAAAUAUGGUCGUAUAGUGGAAGUUCUUCUUAUGAAAGAUCGUGAAACCAAUAAGUCAAGAGGAUUUGCUUUUGUCACCUUUGAGAGCCCUGCAGAUGCCAAGGAUGCUGCCAGAGAUAUGAAUGGAAAGUCUUUAGAUGGAAAAGCCAUUAAAGUGGAACAGGCUACCAAACCUCUGUUUGAAUCUGGUAGACGUGGGCCCCCACCCCAUCCAAGGAGCAGAGGCCCUCCCAGAGGUCUUAGAGGUGGAAGAGGUGGCAGUGGAACACGGGGUCCUCCUUCAAGGGGGAACCAUUUGGGUUCUUCUAGAGGUCCUCUUCCAAUGAAAAGAGGUCCACCUCCACGCAGUGGGGGCCCUCCACCUAAAAGACCUGCUCCCUCAGGACCUGUACGUAGCAGCAGUGGAAUGGGAGGCAGAGCACCCCUGUCACGUGGCAGAGACAGCUAUGGAGGUCCACCUCGUAGAGAGCCACUACCAUCACGAAGAGAUGUCUACUUAUCUCCAAGAGAUGAUGGUUACAGUACUAAAGACAGUUAUUCAAGUCGAGAUUAUCCAAGUUCCAGAGACACAAGGGAUUAUGCUCCACCUCCACGAGAUUAUGCCUACCGUGAUUAUGGUCAUUCCAGUUCACGUGAUGAGUACUCCUCAAGAGGUUACAGUUAUUCCUCUUACAGUGACCGUGAUGGCUACGGAGGGCGUGACCGGGACUACUCAGAUCACCCAAGUGGAGGCUCUUACAGAGAUUCAUAUGACAGUUAUGGUAACUCACGUAGUGCUCCACCUGCACGAGGGCCCCCUCCAUCUUAUGGUGGAAGCAGUCGCUAUGACGAUUACGGGAGCACCCGAGAUGGGUAUGGUGGAAGUCGAGAAAGUUAUUCAAGCAGCAGAAGUGAUGUCUACUCAAGUGGCCGUGAUCGUGUUGGAAGACAAGACAGAGGCCUGCCCCCUUCUAUGGAAAGGGGCUAUCCUCCUCCACGGGAUUCAUACAGCAGCUCAAGCCGCGGAGCACCCAGAGGUGGCGGCCGUGGAGGGAGUCGCUCUGAUAGAGGUGGAGGCCGAAGCAGAUACUAAAUCUUUACAAUUAUUGGACCAAAUCAGUUUUUUCCUCAAACAAAUGGAAUGUGGAAGUUCUAUCUUCACUCCCAGAGGACUACUGAAAAGUUGUUUUUACCUUUUUUUUAUUGUUGCCUGUUAAGUUCCCCUCCAUGACUUAUGUUUUUUGUGAGAAAAAGUAAACACUUGUUAUUUCAUUUCAAAAUUGUUAAUAUUUCUCUCAAAAAGCAGAUGUUAAUGUAUGACAUUUGAGCCUGUAUUACUAGUGUUGUAACUUUCACAGUAAACGUUAACCCUAAAAUGCC